GGCCGCUCCACUUCCGUGCCGGCGGGCGCAUGGCGGGGCCCGGCGGGGCGGCGGGGCCGGCAGCCUCCCGGGAGCUGCUGGACGUGGGGCGCCGCCCAGGGCUGGAAGACAUUUUGCUGAUCAAUUCAAAAUGUAGCAGCAACAAGACCACAACUUUACAGACGGUUAAAUUGCCAAGGAGCAGUGUUUUGGACCGAGUACAGAGCUUUUUACCACAGAUGGCCCAGGCAAACGAUGAGCUCAAGAGAAAGAUGGUAACAGCACCAGCUCAUCAGUUUGAUAUUGAACAUCUAGACAGUGAAACAGAAAAAGUUAUAGAAAUGAAUGUGGCUGUAGUUGAACUGAGUGAUUCUGAUACAGAUGAAGAGUUGCUGACUUCAGAAGAUGACUCAGAAUCUGAUGAAGAUGAUGCUGUAACAGAUGAAGUGACAAUAGACAACAUUAAGUUUCCUAAACAAAAGGGAGAAAAGGGCAAAAUAGAAAUUUUGGACAGCAAAGAGAAUGAGUAAAGCCAUUUUAUUUUACUUUAAAAAACUCCAAAGCAACCAAAUCAUGUUUUCUCACUUUGAAGAGUUGGCCCUUAAAACCACCUUGUUUCCCAGUGCAGCAUCUCUCAGGAUCCUGUGAAAUGCUAUAGAUUUGGAUUCUGGAGAGUUCAGAAUCCACUCAUGACUGUGGGAGGCUGGAUUUCUGAAGAAUUAAGUGUGAUUUGAUUCAUCAAAUAACAGGGAAGUGGACUUCAUAGUAGAUUACACUAAGAAAACAGCUAGCGUAAGGGGCACUUGAAAGUUAAAACUCUUGUUCUGUUCCUUUAUUGAAGAAAGACUUUUUUUUUUAUAGGAUGAUUGAUAGAAGAAGUUUUUGCUUCAAGGGCAAGAGACACUUAGCUAGGAAAAAAGCUUUCGUUUUAUAUUCCAUGUCCUGUGAAGUGCUAUGUACACUAUCUUCAAUAUUAAACAUGAUCCUUAAGUACCCCA